UACAGACCUACUUCCGCAUUGAAACAUGGCGACUUGCAUUGGCAUGGUUGUCCGGCUUGGUGCAUUGAAUGUCUUAAAACCGGUUUCAAGGCACUUUGCAAGGCAGGGAACGAAAGUAUUUACCCCGAGCCGCGCCACACAUGAGGUGCGAAGUAGUCUGUACGAACAUGUCCGCGAGGGCUACAGUGACAAGCCAGACUUGGACAUGAGACUUGUGUGCGAGGACACUGACAAAGUCAUUGCCAAUGUGGAGACUCGGAAAGGGGAUCUACGGGGAGCAGAUGUCAGGGAGAUUUGUGUGUUGCAGGUGUGUGUUUGGCAGCAACUUGAGGUGGUGCGCAAGGAAAUCUCACAGCUGGAGGAGCAAAAGAAAGUGAUCAGUCACAGAGUUCGGACUCUUGUGGAUCAGAAUGACAAGAAAGCCCUAGCUAAUAUUCCUGAGUUCAAGGAGGCUACGAAGGAGGGUCGAGAGAUCCGCCACCGGCUGAGCCGGCUUUACCCCCGAGAGAGUGAGCUGGAGGAGGAGCACUACGGCCGAGCCCUGAGGCUACCCAACACCACACACCCCGAUGUGCCAAUUGGAGAUGAGAGCCAAGCGAGAGUGGUGGAGCUGGUUGGACAGAAACCAGAGUUUGACUUCAAACCCAGGGGACACCUAGAGAUCGGGGAGGAGCUUGGUCUUAUCAGACAGAGGCGUCUUGCCCAUGUCUCAGGUCAUAGGUCAUACUAUCUAAGGGGAGCAGGGGCCAGACUCCAGUCUGCUCUACAGAACUUCGCCCUGGAAACACUGCAGCAGCGGGGGUUUAUACCCAUGGUUGUGCCAGACAUGCUGAAGGGGGCUGUAUUUGAGGGUUGUGGAAUGCAGCCCCAUGCCCACAGGUCUCAGGUGUACUCUCUGGACCCCACCUGCUUCCCUGACCUCAACCUGGCUGGCACGGGGGAGGUGGGCGUAGCAGGUUAUUUUAUGGACCAUGCUGUUAACUGGAAGGACCUUCCUGUCAGGUCUGUGUGCAGUAGCACAUGUUACAGGGCUGAGACGGACACAGGCAGAGAGACUUGGGGCCUUUACAGAGUACAUCACUUCAGCAAGGUGGAGAUGUUUGGUGUGACUGCAGAUGAGACAGGGGAGGAGAGCUCUCAGAUGCUGGAGGAGUUCCUGUCCCUGCAGAAGGAGAUCUUCUCCUCCCUGGAGCUCCACUAUAGAGUACUGGACAUGCCCACCCAGGAGCUAGGUCGCCCAGCACACAGGAAGUACGAUAUUGAGGCCUGGAUGCCAGGGAGGGACAGCUAUGGCGAGAUCUCCAGCGGAUCUAACUGUACAGACUACCAAAGCAGACGCCUCAAUAUCCUAUAUGAGGGGGAGGAUGGUAGCCUACACUAUGCUCAUACGGUGAAUGCCACAGCAUGUGCUAUUCCCCGUACUAUCAUUGCUAUACUGGAGACUCAUCAGACCAAGGAAGGGACAGUGUUAGUGCCGCGAGCCUUGCAGCCCUUCCUGGGGUUGGAGGUGAUUGAAAAGCCUAAAUACAUUCCUUUGAAAUACAUCGGACCAAACCAGCCCAAUCGCAUGCCCCGCCCUGUCCCAAAGCUCAGAUGACAUCAUGCACCAACACACUUACAUCAAGAGAACAACUGAAGCCUUUUCCAUCUAGCUGUUUACUUAUUUUGUGUAGCUCUGCCAUGUAAAUAUAUUGUCAUACUGUUUGUGAAUGUGUGUCAUGAUGACACUGUAUCAUAAACUGUCCUGUUUUUGUCUGCAAAAGAAUGAAACAGUAUUAAAUUAAACAAAAAGGU